CCGCGGGGGCCGUUCCCUGGCUUCUUCCGCCAGGCCUUACAGUCGCUGGCCCGGCGUAGAUAAAACCAAAGGUGAGGGGCGCCGUGCGAGGGGGGGGCCUGCGCAGGAGGACGUGGGCUUAGGCACAGUCCUGCGGAGGAAGCGGCUUCGCGCUCAGCUGUGUCCCUGGAAGGAUGGCCGCCCUUCUUCUAAAGAGGCUAACAUCACAAACCAUAAAGACUGGAAAUAACUACAUCAGCAGAUGUCCUGGUAAAUGCAGCCUGUGUGAGACCGUCCCAGCGCAGCGGUCCCUCGGAGCUUCUGUCCCAAGACUGUCCUCCUGGGUUCAUGCAGAAGCUUUCAGUACUGUUGCAGACCCCCAGGACGAAGAAAGAAAGAAGAAGAAAAAGAGCAAGCCGGCUUUUAAUAGCAUCGGGAGAAAAAUUCACGAGCGAGUCAUUCACGUGCUGGAUGAGGCGGGCAAUGAUUUGGGAAACAUGCACCGAGCAGACGUGAUCAGGCUCAUGAACGAGCGGGACCUGAGGCUCGUGAAACGGGACAGCGGCACCGAGUCUCCCCAGUACCAGCUCUUAACGGGGGCACAGAUUCAUAAGGAGCAACUGAGGCUUCGGGAACUGGAAAAGGCCAACCCCAAAGCUGGACCUACCCUGACAAAGGAACUCAGUUUUUCUUCAAAUAUUGGACAACAUGACUUGGAUACAAAGAGUAAACAGAUUCAGCAGUGGAUUGAGAAACAGUACAAAGUUCAAAUUACCAUAAAGAAAGGGAAGAACCCAGAGGAACCAGAACAGAAGAUGGAGGAGAUCUGUCAUCAAAUACUCCAGACCAUGCCUGGACUAGCUACCUUCUCAUCCCGGCCGCAGCCUGUUCGGGGAGGAAAAGCUGUAAUGUGUGUUCUUCGUCAUUUGAGCAAAAAGGAAGAGAAUGCCUGGAGAGAAGCUCAAGGAACCCAGAAAGGAGACGCUUUGAACAAAGAAGACAGAAACCAUCAAGAAUCAGAUGUUGUGCAUCAGUGAUUUUAAUAAAGAAAAAUGUGCUUCUGAGCGGAA